AUGCAUUUAUGGCAGGCCACUGUUCAAUUCUGCCUGCUGGCUUCGGUCGCUGUGCCCGCCGCCGCCGCGUCGGCCUGGGGCUAUACUGAUGCCACCGUGGCAGUUCAAUCCAAGGGCGCCGGUGUUAACGCGGGAUUGAAGGAGCAACUAUCCCCCUCCAAGCCAUUGUCGAAGCCCGUCUCGCUCGCAGUCGCCGAUACCCUCCGCGUUAUCCUCACCACGCAGGAAGGAAGCUCGGCCAAGCGGCCACACCAGGCCUUCCUUCUAUUGCAGGAUACACAGACGGGAUUGGAUAUUUCUUAUCCGUUUACCGUGAAGGAUACGGGCAAGGCUCGGGUGGAACUGACCCAAAAAGACCUCCCGGUUCAAUUCCUUUCGGCCUCAGAUCCUCUUGAUGCCCGCAUCGUCAUCGGUGCAUUUGGCAGUUCCGAGGCGUACGACAGCACGGCCUUCAAGUUGGCUGUCGAGCGCGACCGCAACGGGCCCGUGCCGACCGUCGACACCCAGCGAUACGGCAAGCAGCCUGAGAUUCACCACAUAUUCAAGGAAGACCCCACGAACCCGCCGGUUAUCAUUACUUUGGCUUUUGUGGCCCUGGUCGCAGCGGCUCUUCCGAUUCUGGCUGGCCUGUGGCUAUUCCUUGGUGCCAACGUGAACCACCUCUCAGCCGCAUUGAAGUCGGCGCCCCUCCCCCAUGCCGUGUUCCUGGGAUCCCUGAUCUCGUUCGAAGGGAUCUUUUUCCUUUACUAUACCUCUUGGAAUCUCUUCCAGACACUUCCCGCCGUGGCUGUAGUCGGUGUGGUUGCAUUUGUGAGCGGCAGCCGCGCUCUGGGCGAGGUGCAAGGCCGGCGCCUUGCUGGUCUGCGAUGA